AUGGGAGAAGUCGAGCGACCUAGAUCUUUAUCUAGGAUUACGGUGGAUAGUGACACAGAAUAUCUGGAUGCUUAUGAUCAUGUUACGUAUAGCAACUCUCUGGAAUUGUUAGAUACCAUCGCUGAAACUCAGAUCACAUUGAAUCUUUUCAUGAACAAUAAAUUUGAGUUGGCAGAAGAGAGAAUGGCUGAAUUAUACGAUAAAAGUAUGUAUCAUUCGAUGGGAUACACAUGUAUUCUGUUCAUUAAAGCAGUUAUGACUGUCAAUAAACAAGAUAUGGAGAAGGCGGCUGAAGCAUGUAAAAUGUCAGUUGAAGUGAUUGAAAGAUUCAGAGAAAAGAGAACAAUAAAGGAGACAAUAUUCGGAGCAACAGCCAAAGGAAAGAAGAUAACAGACGAAGAAUUACAUGCGGAACUUUGUUAUGCUCAAAUGCUUCUAAUUCGAGCAAUGCUUACAUUCUUUCAUGAUGACAACUUUGCGAGUUUUAUUAAAGGAGCACUGAAUAUCAGAACAUGCUAUCAAACAUAUAGAUAUUGUGAGAAAUUGAUGAAUGAGCCGAGUGUUUGGAUCGGAAGAAACAAGAAAGUACAGGAACAAUUUGAAAGUGGAACUCGAAUGGGUCUUGGAACAUUUUCUCUGAUGCUCUCGGUGCUUCCGUCUAAAGUUUUACGUCUCUUGGAAGUAGUAGGAUUCUCUGGAGAUAAAGUUGCUGGAAUGAGAGAUCUCCAACACGUGGCUUCGAUGACUGGAACAUUGUGCUCUCCUCUUGCCAAAAUGGUUCUUCUCACUUGGCAUUUGAUUGCAAGUUUUGUACUGGGAACUGGACAGCCAGAUCUUGAAGUCUGUAAAAGAAUAAUGCCUGGGUUGACUCAUUUAUGGCCACGUGGAGCUAUCAUGUUAUUCAUGAAAGCACGUCUCCUUUUGAUUUCUGGAGACAUCGAGACUGCAAUUCACUAUUUUAAUAUGUCGAUUGAAUCUCAGGACACCUACAAACAGUUUCACCAUGGAUGCUACUGGGAACUACUAUUUGCUCAUGGAUAUCAGCGAAGAUGGUCACACGCGGCUAAUUAUGCGAGACUCUUGAUGAAAGAAUCUAAAUGGAGUCGUUGUGUUUAUACAUAUCUCCUCUGUAUUUUCUUUGCUGCAGAUGAAACCGUUGAUGAAGCAAGAAGAAAUGAAACUAUAAAUGCAUUGGCUGGAAAAGUGGAUGGUCUUCGGUUGAGAAUCGCUGGAAAAUCUAUUCCGGUUGAGAAGUAUUGUGGAAGAAAAGCUAAACGAUUUGUUGCAACUCAAUCCCUUCUUUUUGCUCAUUAUGAAUUCAUUUACUUCUGGAAUGGAUUCGAUAUUUUUGGAAAGAAUCCAAAAAUGGUCAGAGGAGUUCUGGAAGAUAUGGAUCGUGUUUGGGAGUUGAAGAAAUCAACGUGUGACAUUGAUGAUUAUUGUUUGUAUUACUUCCUGAAAGGUGUUUCUCUCCGUCAUUUACACCUGAAUGCACAAGCCGAAGAGUGCUUCAAAGCCGUAUUAGAGAGAGAAACAAGCAUCAAGAGCUUCACCUAUCUCCCUCCAAACGCCACAUAUGAAUUAGCAAUGCUGCGCAUCUCAGAGCAACAAUUUAUAGAGGCUCAGACGUUACUUGACAAGGCUCGUGCAUACAAAUCAUAUUCUCUCGAGAACAAGUUACAUUUCCGGAUACACAGCGCAAUGGGAACGAUGGGAUGUCGGACGCCGAUGAUGUAG